AUGGAAAAGGACGGGCCGUUAGGCACGCUUAUUCAUCAUUUCUGGAGACUAGAGUACCAGCAAAGAGAAACACAACACGUUCACUGUUUGUUUUGGGCUCUGGAAAAACCAAAGGAAGAAGCGAGCCCGCAAGAAGUCGCAGACUACCUCGACAAAUACGUGACGACUCGUAUGCCAGACAAGAGAAUGAACCGGAACUUUUUGAGAUCAUCAGCAAACAUCAAGCAAGUUUCAAAGUUUUUAUGCGUCUUUUUGGAAAGAAAAACUUUUAAUAUAUUUUUCAGAUUCACUGGCAGAAACAUUCAAAGACGUGUUUGCGAGUGAAGAAAAGACGAGGGACAAAAACCCAAACAUGCAGGUUUUUCAAAAAUCAAAUUAGCUUUUAAGCAAAAUUUGAACAUUUUAGAUUUGGUUUUCCCAGAGACCUGUGAUGGCGAAAACAACGGUUUUGGGCUUCUCGGAGGAUCUUCUCAGACUGCCAGGCGUACCUCAGAAGCAGUACUACUUGGCGCGAAAAAGAGGACAUUGUAAGUUUAAAAAAUGUUUGCAAAUUUGAACCAUAUAUAUAAAAAUUUUUCAAAUCAGAUUGAGAAAAUGAAAGAAAAAAAUUUUUAGAUGGUGAAUGACUAUAACGCUUGCAUCAGUUUGGCUUGGAAAGCAAACACUGAUGUUCAAUACAUAAUGGCGGGAGCCAAUGAUGUCGUCAACUACAUCACCGUCUACGCCACGAAGUCUGAGAAAUCCAAAGGCGUCAGUUUGUUGGACAUGUCUGCUGAUGACCUCGACAACGAAAAAUGUUCAAAACCAUGCUGGAUCUUCUGCGUCAAAAAGGUUUUCAGAAUCAUUCAUUUUCAUUAGAAUAAAAACCAUUAUCAGGAAACUGGGAUGCUCGAAAUGAUGGACGUACUCUUGUCACAUGAGGCUGUAAGCUGGAUUCGACACUGGGACACGUCUUCCUCAACACGAACGAAGAUGCUAAAAGGAAUCGGCAACUGCGUUCAGCGAGCGAAGUUGAAAAAGGAGGCGAUGGACCAGCCUACGUCGACAAUAUCAUUGACACCUAUUAUCCCUAAAAAGGCCUGA